GAGCCGCAGCCCUGUGCCUGGCCGAGAGGAUGGGCUGAGCAGCGCGAUCGGAGCAGAGCAGUGCCCAGUGACAGGGGGUGUGCGGGCACGGGGGGCCCUAGGGACAGCUCCCCCCUUGUCGGCUGCAAACUGCUGCGAUGAGCAGUGCGGGUCCCAGCCCAUCUGCCCCACGCCGGGGCGGGAGCCUUAUCUGGCAGCCCCUUGGCUCCGGGAGCAGGCAUCUGGACAUGCUGCGCUGCCCCUCCUGCCUCCUCCUCCUCUGGGAGCCAGUGACCGUGUCCUGCGGUCACUCCUUCUGCAAAUCGUGCCUCGGGGGCACCGUCCCCUCUCGCUGCCCUCUCUGCCAGGAGAAGCUGAAGCUGCUGGGCGUCGGAGCGGCGAGGUGCAACGUGGUGCUCUGCGGCCUCCUGGAGAAAUGCGUGGAGCAGGAGAGCCGGGUGGCCUGGCUGGUAGCAGAGGUGCAGGAUCGUGUCACCAGUGGGGACCUUCAGGAAGCGCUGAGGAUGGUUCAGAAAGGGCUCGAGCUGGCCCCAGACUCCCAUUCCCUGCGGCUGUGCCGGGCAGAGGCAUUUGUAGCACUGAGGCAGCACCCAAAGGCACUUGAGGACCUGGAUGCCGUGUGCAGGGCUGAGCCUGGAGGGAUUGAGGGAUUCUUCAGGAAAGGGAAGGUGCUUCUGGAGAUGGGACAGAAAGCUGAAGCCUUGCUGGCAUGGGAACACUGCCUGACACUCAAUCCCCACUUCCACCCUGCUCGGAGAGAGAUGGAGAAGAUCCUCAUGCAAGAGGAUGCUCCUCAGCCACUCGCAGCUGCUGCGUGCUCAGGUGAUGGCCACUGGGACUCGAGUGGUCCUCAGGUCAAUGGAGGGAGCCCUGCUCUCUCAUCAUCUUCCACACAAGCUCAGGAUCAGGAGGGAGAGCCGGCAGAUGGCAGAGGGGACGCAGGGUCUGAGCACAGCCAGGGGACAGCCGCCUGUGCCCAGCCGGGGCGAUGGCAGGAGCCAGAGACUUCAGCAGAGAGGCAGGGCCGGUGGUUGGUAGAGGAAACAGCAGCAGCAAAGUGGACAGAGCCGUGCCUUGAGGAGCUGCUGAGUGUAUCUGACUUGGAAUGUUCCCUCUGCAUCCGGCUGUUCUUUGAGCCCGUGACAACACCAUGUGGGCACACCUUCUGCAAGGAGUGCCUGGAACGCUGCCUGGACCACCGGCCCACCUGCCCCCUCUGCAAACAGAGCCUGAGAGAGUACUUGAAGGCUGGAAGCUACAGACUCACUGUGCUGCUGCAGGACAUCAUGCUGGCCACCUUACCCACACAGCUGGCCGAGCGCCGAGAGCUGCACCAGGCUGAAAUGGCAGAGCUCUCCAACCUAACCAAGAGCAUCCCCAUCUUCGUCUGCACGAUGUCCUUCCCAGGCAUUGCCUGCCCCCUGCACAUCUUUGAGCCUCGCUACCGCCUCAUGAUCCGGCGGUGCCAGGAGACCGGCACCCGGAGGUUCGGCAUGUGCACAUAUGAGAGCGGGAAAAGUUUUGCUGACUAUGGCUGCAUGCUGGAGAUUCGGCAGGUCGAGCUGCUGCCGGACGGGAGGUCCUUGGUGGACACCAUCGGCCGGCGGCGGUUCCGGGUGCUGAGACGCGGGCACAGAGAUGGCUACAACACUGCUGACAUCGAGUACCUGGAGGACAAGAAGGUGGCUGGGGAGGAGCUGCAGGAGCUGCAGUGCCUGCACGAGAGCACCUACCGCUUGGCUCAGCGGUUCUAUGAGCACGGAGACCUCCCCUCCAGGCACACUUUGAUGCAGCAUGGACCACUGCCAGAGAAGGAAGAGGACAUCCAGGCUUCAGCAGAUGGCCCAACAUGGUGCUGGUGGCUCAUCUCCAUCCUGCCCCUGAACCCAUCCUACCAGCUGAACCUCUUCUCCACCACCUCGCUCCGUGCCCGCCUCAUGCAGCUGCAGCGCAUCCUCACCGCCUUGCUGCAGCAGCCCCCUGCCCGCCGCCCCCUGCCCAAGCCCAGCCCUCAGGGUCGUGUCUGAACCCCCCAGCCCCUGCCCUCUCUGCAGGGAAGACCUCCACCCCCCUUCCGUUUCUCUGUGUGUCGCUUCAUGGUUUGCCUAUGGUUUGAGCCGCCCCUGGAAGCAGCCUCAGUGGUGAGCCGAGCGCCCUCUGCCUGGCUCGAUGGGGCUGGUGCCACACCAGCAGUGACACUGCGCCGUCCAGGCUGCCCCUGGCAGCUGCUCUGUUGUGUGGUUGUGCUGUGCCCAUUGGAGGGGAAACCGGGAUGGGAA